AUGGACUUGGGAAACACUGCCUGGGCGCGGCUUCUGCAGGCGCUCUGGGAGCAAAGCCAAAGUCGAGAUCUGUCACAGCUACGUGGACUGCGCUCGCUUGCUGUCUCCUUUCCUGCAGAGCGCUCCGUUUCUUCCUUGCAGCAGUGGCAGAACCACGCUUCGCCGCAGCUGUCGCGGCUGGGAACUCUGUUAGAGUUCUCGCAGCUGCAGGAGCUUGUGCUCGUGGAUCUCAGGUCAACAGAGGUUCUGACGGCAGCCCUCUCCGGCACGUGCAGUAGAACACUGCGAGUCUGCAGGGCCUCGUUCAUAGGCCCAGAGAGCCGAAAGCAGCCUCUCACGCUUCCGGCCAGUUUGCCCUCCCUUGAGUGCCUCAUGCUGCGGUACCGGGACUUCCGCGAGCAAAGAGCAUCUCGCCAAGAAAGGAUGCAGGUGAUGGCUGCUCCUCUGUUAGCUUGCCUAAAGAGCUUGCACCAGCCAAUGAAGCUGAAGGUGCUUGCGCUGAGUGGUAUCCGUGUCGAUGGAAGUUCGGCGGAGACGGCUGCUUUGCUGGAAGGUCUGCAGGCCCUAUGCGGGCUUGUGACCGUCGCAUUACGCUUCUCAGUCCCCAGGACGUUUAGCACCCUCCUGCCGCUGUCGUCAUUGUUGAAGAUGCGUCAAUGUUGGCCUUUGGUGGGUCACUUUGUUGUCGUUGAUCAGUCCCUGCACGGCUUCGACUACUGGCCUUGUGAGAGGAUGGACUUCCGACAGCUCUAUCCAGCAGGAUCCCCAGACGGACGCCAGGUCUUCAACACGGAGUUUCGGAAUGUGUUGCAGCAAUACAAGCUGACUCCAGAAGAAGUAUGGAGCAGGAUGGAUCCAGGACAGCAAGCCUUCUGGGAGAAGGUGUCGGCAGAGCUUCCAAGGAUGCCGCACAGCGAGAUGACUCUUCGUGUGGCUCAUCUUUUCCCAAGCUCCUACGAUGAGAGCACACACAAGCUGUGCUGA